AUGAUGCCUCAAGGGGUGGUGCGUGAGGCUGAGGCGGAGCUGCUGAAGGACGAGACCCUAGAUAAGGAGUACCUGCCCAUAGACGGCCUCCCCGAGCUCAAACCACUGACUCAAUCUCUGUUAUUUGGCGAAGACAGCGAGGCCAUUGCUGCGGGGCGCAUCGCUUCGUCUCAGUCUCUUUCAGGCACUGGGGCUUUGCGUGUGGUUGGGGAUUUUAUUAAACACUUUAUACCUCAGGCCAAGACGGUGUACCUGAGCAACCCCACCUGGUCAAACCACCACAACAUCUUCGGCCCCGGCGCGGGCCUCACUAUUGCUGAAUAUCCUUACUGGGAUCCGACGGUGUACCUGAGCAACCCCACCUGGUCAAACCACCACAACAUCUUCGAGUCUCUGCUUGCUAUAGCGUUCCGCCUGAGAGGCGAUUGGAUACAACACCGUUAG